AUGUGGCUCCUCAGCACUGCGACCGCCGAGCUCAAGUUCUUCAACGACCCAGAAGCGAUUCCCGGAGGCUAUGCCAUCCUCUCGCAUGUAUGGCUCAGUGAAGGAGAAGACACGUUCCAGGCCCCUUCGACCCCCACGACGGUCUCUGAAGCCAAAACCACGGACUCGGACGACCCUCGCGACCUGAUCUCGCCCAAGGUCUGCGCCUUCCUCAAACUCGCCCAACGCGACGGCUACGAAUGGGCGUGGUCCGACACCUGCUGCAUCGACAAGGCGAGCAGCGCGGAGCUCACCGAGGCGAUAAACUCCAUGUUCCGCUACUACCAGCUCUCCGACGUCUGCUACGUCUACCUCGCCGACGUCCCCCCGGGCCCGUUCGGCAAGCUGUUCGCACAGAGCCGGUGGCACACGCGCGGGUGGACGCUCCAGGAGCUGAUCGCUCCGAAGACGGUGCUCUUCAUGGCCGCGGACUGGACGCUGAUCGGGUCCAAGUACGAGCUCGCGGACGAGCUCGAGCGCGUUGCGAAGGUGCCGGUAGAGGUCCUCCGGUUCGACAAGGACGUCGCGGAGGUGUCGGUCGCGGCGCGCAUGUCCUGGGCCGCGCGCAGGAAAACGACGCGAGUCGAGGACGAGGCCUACUGCCUGUUUGGGUUGUUCGGGAUCAACAUGCCGACGCUCUACGGGGAGGGCCAGAACGCGUUCUACAGGCUGCAACAGGAGAUUAUGCGAACGUCGAUCGACACAUCGCUCGUCGCGUGGGGAACAGUGACGCCAGUGUCAAGCGUCGAGGAGCUCCUUCGGAGGGCGCGGAUGGCGGCGGGCCAUCUGCAGGGGUACGAGUUUCUCUUGGCUCCUCGAGUGGAAUGCUAUCGGUAUCAUGCGUACACGGAGUUUGAUGAGUCUCGAAGAUUCCUUUGUGCUCAAGAAGUGAGUAGGUUCUUUGCUUUGACCCAGAGCAUUUGUAUAUUGACUUCAAUUGGGACGCUCCUUCACAGCGUGAAGACGGACCUAGCCAAGUCCCGACUUUCGAAGCAAUCACCCCCCAUGGCGUUCUAUGCCUGCUUCCCAUGA